AGGGGCGUGGCCACAUCAACAGAGUCGGUCUGUUUAGAGCUAACGUAACUGAGAGGGGGACAGAGCUCAACUGUUGUUUUGAAUUUGCUGGAAAUCACCGGCUGCAAACGAGAAGGGGGAUUUUUAGUACCCGUUAAAUAAGAAGAUGGCGGAUGUCGUCGGCGAUGAAAGUCGGCCUGCUCACCCCGCGGCGACCCGCCAGCACGUUCCAGUCGUCGGUUCGUCUGCGGGCCAGAACGCAGCAACGGUAACGUCUGGUCCUCGGGUAGUGCGGAUCGUCAAGUCGGAGUCCGGCUACGGUUUUAACGUUCGCGGUCAGGUCAGCGAGGGAGGCCAGCUCCGGAGCAUCAACGGGGAACUGUACGCUCCGCUUCAGCACGUCAGCGCUGUUCUACCCGGAGGAGCAGCAGACCGAGCGGGGAUAGCGAAGGGUGACAGGAUCCUUGAAGUGAAUGGGGUAAAUGUGGAAGGUGCGACCCAUAAGCAGGUGGUGGACCUGAUCCGUGCUGCAGAGAAGGAGCUGGUUCUGGCCGUGCUGUCCGUUCCUCCUCAGGAAGCCGAUGGGUUAGAAGGCGGCGAGGAUAUCCAGCCUAACUACGACUACAGCGACAAGCAGGCUGUUCCCAUUUCCAUCCCCACAUACAAGCAUGUGGAGCAGCACUCGGAGAGGUUUGUGGUUUACAACGUGUACAUGUCAGGCAGACAGCUGUGCUCAAAACGCUAUAGAGAGUUUGCCAUCCUGCACCAAAACCUGAAGAGGGAAUUCUCCAACUUCAACUUCCCAAAGCUGCCUGGUAAAUGGCCCUUCUCUCUCUCUGAGCAGCAGCUGGACGCUCGUCGUAGAGGUCUAGAGGAGUACCUGGAGCGAGUUUGUUCUGUGCGGGUGAUAGGGGAGAGUGACAUCAUGCAGGAGUUCCUCUCCGAAUCAGACGAGAACUAUAACGGAGUCACAGAUGUUGAGCUGCGGAUAGCCCUGCCUGACAAAACCACCAUAUCCGUCCGAGUGCGUAAAAACAGCACGACUGACCAAGUGUACCAGGCGUUGGUGCUGAAGGUUGGAAUGGACAGCAUCAUGGCCAGCUACUUUGCUCUUUUUGAAGUCAUCAACCAUUCAUUUGUGAGGAAACUUGCCCCAAACGAGUUCCCCCACAAGCUUUAUGUGCAGAACUACACAUCAGCGGUUCCUGGAACAUGCUUAGCACUCCGCAAAUGGUUGUUCAGUAUCCAGGAGGAAGAGUUGCUCAGAGACAACCCCCUGGCCCUUCACUACUGCUUCCACCAGGCUCUUGACGAUGUGAAGAAGGGAUUCAUAAAAACUGAGGACAAAUCCUACCAGCUGCAGAAACUGGCAGAGCAGCGCAAGAUGGCCACAUACCUGAGCCUGCUGCGGACAUGUGAGGGCUAUAAUGAGGUGGUCUUCCCACACUGCUCCUGUGACUCCAGGAGGAAGGGCCAUGUCAUCACAGCUAUCAGCAUCCAUCACUUCAAGCUGCAUGCGUGCACUGAGGACGGCACACUAGAGAACCAGGUAAUAGCUUUUGAGUGGGCAGAGAUGCAGCGGUGGGACACUGAUGAGGAAGGCAUGGCUUUCUGCUUCGAGUAUGCCAGAGGAGAGAAAAAACCUCGCUGGGUUAAGAUCUUCACUCCAUAUUUCAACUACAUGCAUGAAUGCUUUGAGCGCGUCUUUUGUGAGCUGAAGUGGAGGAAGCAGGUGGAGGAAGAGGCCUCUGAUAAAGACAACAAAAACUGUAGCAACAGUGAGUUCCUGCCUCCACUGGAGACGCAACAGAAGGGAUGGCGCCACCUAGGGGGAGAAAUCGCCACAUCCUAAAACAAGGUUAACCUUCACUUGAACUAGAACUGAUUCACUCAUCACAGCCACCCACAGAGAGUGCCCAUUGACUAAAGAGAAGGAGUGAGUCUGAGGCCAUCUCUGCCCCAGAACAGAAGGAAGUCCCUCUUUGGGGGGAAAAAAAAAACAACAAAAAAUGUCACUCCCAAAGUAAAUCCAAGGAUGGGCAGAGUGAGGAGAGAAGCGAAGGAGAAUCAGCAUCAGCCAGCUUUCAUGUCAUUCACCAGACCUCCUACACGUGUCUGUUGUUUUUCCCUCCAUCCAUCUUCCCUGAGAUGUUUGCUCACCAUUGGACGGGUCAAAGUGGGUCAGCGCCACACAGCUCCACAAACGGCUCAUUCCUACACUGACAGAGGAGACUUGUGGGUUGAUAAUUUGGCCCAGAUAUCCUGCAGGUCUGGAAUGGCAAAUUGAGCUGAGAUUGAGGCGAAAAAGAGAAAAAGUAUAAUCGCAAAUGUUGGAUUUUCUUCUUUUUUUUUUUUUUUGCGCCUUAAUAUCAUGCUCUACACUUCCCCUAAUGCUGGACAUUAACAGGAAUGUUUUGUUUUUUUUUGUUUCUGGGGUUCUUUGCUUGUCAGACAAUGCAAGCAGCACACAUGUAACAGUGAUUAUGGAUUGUGAUCGUAAUGAUUUGUAUGUUUAAAAAUCAUUCUUCUGAAAAAGAAAAUAUAGAUUAAUAUAAGA